AAGCCAACGGUUCAUUUUAAUGCGGUCGCUAUAGUAUAUUAAUUAUAUCAAAUAUCAAACUUGGACUUGGAGACCUUAAAAAUAAGUAUACACAUACAUAAUAUAAGAUUUUAACAAAUUUAGAACUGACAGUUAACUCUGUGAUAAUGGCACCAAAUGUGAAAAAACUGGAAAAAGAAACUUGGCGGAAAUCGGGUAUAUCCAGAAAUUAUCCUAGUUAUAGAAAUCGUAUACCUGUUAGCCAUGAGAGUUGGCUCGAGGGCAAACAAUUGGACGAUGAGGCCGAGGGUCUUUGGCGCAUUGGUGAUAAGCUUUAUGAUUUAAGUGAUUUCGCUACCAAUCAUCCGGGUGGGGCAUUCUGGAUAGAGACCACCCGUGGCACUGAUAUAACCGAACCCUUUGAAUCGCAUCACAUAAACGAGAGAGCUCGACAAAUGCUUAGUAAAUUUGAAAUCAAGAGUGCCACUAAGCCGCGUAAUUAUAGAUUUACCUUUGAACCGAAUGGUUUUUACAUGACACUCAAGCGAAGAGUACGAGAGAAACUAAGAACCCUCAACUAUAAACCAUCACAGAAAACAGAUCUACUUCAUACUGGCAUCUUGAUUGGUGUGUUUCUCUUCAGUUGGUUGGCCAUCGUUUGGAGUUCAUUGGUGUUCAAAAUCUUGGCUGGCUGGGCCCUUUGCUAUAUGGCCACAUCGUCACAUAAUUACUUCCAUCAGCGUGAUAAUUGGCGAAUGUAUUGCUUUAAUUUAUCUCUUAUGAACUUUCGGAAUUGGCGUAUAUCUCAUGCCUUAUCACAUCAUGUAUAUCCGAAUUCAUUGCACGACUUGGAAAUGUCUUUAUUUGAGCCAUUCCUUUGCUGGGUGCCCAGUAUACACUACGCCAAUCGGAUUCAACGUUGGAUUUCAGUAUUAAUAUCGCCAGUGAUCUAUGCCCUAUUGAGUUUUGUUCAAAUUGUACAAAGAAUGGUGUAUUCACUAGUCAAAAACAAUAUUAUGUACUGGGACGAUCUGAUUGGCCUAAUUUUGCCAAUUUUCCUGUACAUCUCAACUGAUUUGAAGUUCAGUUCAGCAAUUGUUAAUUGGUUGAGUAUAGUUAGUAUUGGAAGCUUUCUCUUUGGUUUCAUAGGUCUAACAGCUGCCCAUCAUGAUCCUCGCAUUUUACAUGAUGGCGAUACUCAAAGGUCUGAUCCCGAUUGGGGUCUUUAUCAGUUGGAUACGAUAAUUGAUCGUGGCGAUAUAAAAUGGUCAGAUCUCUUGGUUCUGGUCUCAUUUGGUGAACAUGCUUUGCAUCAUCUCUUUCCCACCUUGGAUCACAAUGUUCUUAAGCAUCUAUAUCCAGAAUUCAGGUUAACAUUGAAGGAAUUUAAAACCGAGCUACGUGAGAUGAGUCAUUGGGGUCAUAUUAAGGGUCAGAGUCAGCAAUUGUUGCGCCUAAAAGCCAACUUAUUGCCGCCAGGCAGUAAAAUGUUUCAGUAAGUUUUAGAGACCCAAAAGGUUAAUAAUCGGUUCCGGACUACACAGGGAAUGGCAAACAAAUAAAUAAAUUAUUCUACAUUUCUCUUAAGUUUUACUCUUUAGCUAAAAGCUUGCCCUCUCUCGCUCUUUUAAUUUGGUCAAGCUUUUAUGCAAGUUCAUGUUUUGUUUUUAUGUUUUCAGUUAGUUUUAAGUGAUAAUAUUACUUUAAUGCCGUCAUUAUAUAGGGUUAUAAACUUGGAAAUUCCACAAUAUAAAGUCUCUAAA